AUGAAAUAUGAUUAUAAAUUUUUAAAGAAUGAAACCUAAGAAUAAUUACUUCCCUAUAUUUAAUCUAAUCCAAAAACAACACAACUUGAUCACAAAGAAGUUAAAAAGAAAAUAAAAAUGUAAGUAAAUUUGAAGAAAGUAAAGAUUAGAUUAGAAAUUAUUAGCCAGAUAAUAUCCAACUCCAAGAUCUCUGUCUCAAAGGGUAUACUAUUGGACAAAGGAUGAAAGUACAAUACCAGUGAUUCAAAAAAAUCAUGAUUCAAACUCGAUUAUUGAACAUUCUUCAGAAUAUUUCAUGAAGCAAGGAGAUUGGAAAGAAGAUAUCCACAGUCCUAUUAAAACAACAGUAGAUUUAAGUUCCAGUAAAUAAACUCCACCUAAAUUCACAAACAUUAAAAUACCUAAAUUAUAAAUUACAAAAAAAAAGAAAGAAAAAAUAGAAUAUUUAGGCGAAUUGUUUACUAAUAGAUCUAAUUCAUCUAGCCAAAAAUUAGACUUAAAAUCUGAUUAUUUUUAUAAUGUUAUUAAUCCUUUGAAAAAAGAAAUUAAACCAGAUCGAAAAGUUAAAUAAGACUGUUUUAAUCAAGCUUUUCAUAUAUUAGAAGAAAUUAUUCCUGCAUCUAUUGUAGUUAAAUAAAAUCAUGGUUUAAUAUAAUAGUCUUUAUCAGAAAGUGAAAUUAAAGUAGAGAAGAAAAAAAAUCAAACAUCUUUUGCAAAAAGACAAAAAGCAAAAGCCUGUAUUUCAGAUCAACCUCAGCCUAAAAGUUUACCGGAACCAUUAGCUCAGAUACCAACUUAAACUUUAACUCAGUCUAAAACCUAAACAUAACCUCAACCUUAACCCCGUACAUAACCCUAAACUCAACCACAACCCUUGUCAGAUCAACCACAACCUCAAUCCUUACCUCAACCAAGACUUCAACCAUUAACUCAACCCCAACCACAACCAUAGCCACAGCCUUAAACUUAAGCUUAACCUCAAAAUCAACCGCAAAAUUAUAAAAAAGGAUAAAGACUAAAAUCUUGCAUAAUGUCUUAUGUUAGAAGAUUAAAGAGAUGCAAGUUAACUCAUGCUUAAGUUAUAAGAGAUCACGUAUUUAGCCCACAUCCCUACUCAAAGGAUCAUUCUAUAGAAUUUUUCUAAGCUAUCAAAGAUAACCAAGAGCUUAUUGUCAUUAGGUUAUUACAAAAAGUUCCAUAUUUGGUUUAUGAUUUUGAUAAUGCCCAUAUGACUGGUUUACAUUGGGCUGCCAAAAGAGGAUUUCCAAACUUAGUAAAAAUAUUGAUUCAGAAUAAUGCUGAUGUUGAUGCUAAGGAUAUUGUAUACAGAACUCCUUUAUAUAUAGCAACAGAUUAUGCUCAUGGGAAGGCAUCUGCAAAGUAUAUAGAAAUUAUUUAAAUAUUGUUAUAUAAUUAAGCCUAUCCAUGGUCUUAUGAUCAUAUACAAUAUUCAUAGGUUAUAAGAGAUGAUAAGAAAGUAAAAGAAUUAUUUGCUGUAAGCAGAAAAAUACAUCUCAUAAUUUUGAUAACAUCCCCUCAAUUAAAAGAUUAAAUUUGGAAUAAAGAAGUACCUGCAAUGAAUGCAAUAAAAAAUGUGGUAAAUUAUCCUAUUUAUCCAGAGCACAUAAGAGGAAAAAUAAAGUUCAAACCCUAGUGAAAUCCUCAAAGGUAAUCCUCACAUGGAUCCUAGAUUAAGAUAAUUUUACACAUAAAAAUUAGUUCACCUAAAACGUAAGAUUGGAAAUUAAGCUUACUAAGAAAUAGAGAAAUAAAUUUAAAAUGAGCAAGGAAUUUUCGAAUAUGUUAGAAAGUAACCUUUUCAAGCAAGCUGA